UGUUGCCAGCUGUGAUUUGAGCCGUAACUUGUCAACAUGCCGAAGCAAACCAGGACGAAGGUGUCCAAAAGCAUGCGGCACAAUCCGCUGGCUCAUGACAUCCUGGAGGAGGAGGACAACCGUGGAAUCCGAAGAACGCCGCGAGCCAAACAGAAUCGUGGGGGCGAUGAGGAGGAGGACGGGACCGCAGUGGUGCCCUCUAGCGUUGCCAAGAAGGUAUUGGGAAUGGUUCAGGCACAAAAGGCAGACGAUGAUGCAGACGGCGAGUUUGACGAUGCUGCAGAUGCUUCUUUUGGUGGCAAUGACGACGAGGCUGUGGAGGAGGUUGAUGUCGAAGUGGACGAGGAUGGAUACAUUGUGGGGCCCAAUGCGUCAGAAGAAGACGAGAGGGCCAUGUCCUUGUUCCUGCCAAGCAGCACUGCCUCGCAGGCAGGGCCGACGCUGGCAGAUAUCAUCCUGCAGAAGAUCCAGGAGGCAGAGGCCCGGAAAGCGGCGGGGGACAGUGCUCCCAGUGAGGAUGGUGGCCUAUCACCGAAAGUAGUUCAGGUCUACACGGAGAUCGGGAAGUUCCUGCGGUUCUACAAGUCCGGGGCGAUGCCCAAAGCCUUCAAGGUCAUUCCCAGCUUGACCAACUGGGAGGAGGUGCUGGCCUUGACGUCGCCCCUGACAUGGAGCCCAGCUGCCAUGUACCAGGCGUCUUGCAUCUUUGUCUCCAACCUGAAUCCUCGCAUGGCGCAGCGAUUCUUCAACUUGGUGCUGCUUCCGGCCGUGCGACAGGACAUUGGGGAGCACAAGAAGCUGAAUUUCCACUACUUCAGGGCGCUUCGCAAGUCCCUCUUCAAGCCUGCGGCCUUCUUCAAGGGCAUCCUUCUGCCACUGGCUGCGGAGAAUUGCACACUCAGAGAGGCAGUCAUCAUGGGCUCGGUGCUGUCGAAGGCGUCGGUUCCAGUGAUGCACGUGGCUGCCUGUAUUGUCAGACUUGCCACCAUGACGCCCUGGUAUGGCACCACCUCUAUUCUCCUCGCAGCGCAGCUCAACAAGAAGUACGCGCUGCCUCUGAAGGUCAUCGAGAUUUUGGUGGCCCACUUCUGCGCCUUUGCGGGCGAGGAGCGGGUACUGCCCCUAGUGUGGCACAGGGCGCUGCUCAUCUUUGUCCAGAGGUACAAGUUCGACCUCUCACCUGAUCAAAAGAGGCGGAUAAAGGAGCUCCUGCGGAUUCACUUCCACGACGCGGUGAGCCCGGAAGUGCGGAGGGAGCUGGCCGCAAAGCCGGAGGAGGGCGGCCCGACUGCCAUGGAGAUUGGCUAAUCUUGUGGCAGAACGACCAACGAGCAGCAAUAAGACUGGUGCUGUGACACGCUGCGAAGCACAGGUCACAUGCCCUAGCAGUUACUCGUUGAAUCCGGCGGAAAGGGCCAGUGCGCAACGCUGAGUUGGUG